GUGGCGUUCCCCUGAGCGAUGGCGCGCACGAAGCAGACGGCGCGUAAGUCGACGGGCGGCAAGGCGCCCCGCAAGCAGCUGGCCACCAAGGCGGCCCGCAAGAGCGCGCCGGCCACGGGCGGCGUCAAGAAGCCGCACCGCUACCGGCCCGGCACGGUGGCGCUGCGCGAGAUCCGGCGCUACCAGAAGUCCACGGAGCUGCUGAUCCGCAAGCUGCCCUUCCAGCGCCUGGUGCGCGAGAUCGCGCAGGACUUCAAGACCGACCUGCGCUUCCAGAGCUCGGCCGUGAUGGCGCUGCAGGAGGCCAGCGAGGCCUACCUGGUGGGGCUCUUCGAGGACACCAACCUGUGCGCCAUCCACGCCAAGCGCGUCACCAUCAUGCCCAAGGACAUCCAGCUGGCCCGCCGCAUCCGCGGCGAGCGCGCUUAAGUUUCCUCCUACAGGUCCUCUGUAUGUGAACCUGAAAUUCUCCCACACCCUAAAGGCUCUUUUAAGAGCCACUACAUUGCACAAGAGAGUUGGGACACAGCCUUUCUUAUACUUUCUUGCGCUAGAGCGUUUCUGAAGUUGUUCAAUGUUAUUGCAAUUCCAGUGUAAGCGUGCCUAGAAUUUUAAAUAUUCACUUUAGGCUGCGUGAUUAUUUUAUUGUUGUGUACUGUUUUUAGUGAGGUGCUUGCAAAUGCACAUUCAACUGAACGAAUAGUUAAACUGCACAAAGCAAGUAAGUGUUCACAUACAUCAAAUGAAAAAUAUCAGACUAGGACAGAAACCUCAUGU